AUGAUAACUUUCUUCCCCCCCGUAGGCCAGGACGUGCCCCGUUCCAGUGGUCAGGAAUCUGGUCCACAAGCACAAGUUGACGGUGAGUCUUCGCCGUCACCCGAGUUGCUUGCAGCUAAGCUUCCUGACCCACCUACCGUGGACCCUGCCUUGGAAGGACAACCCGAAACUAAGAAAGUCAAGGUUGAUACAGGUCAUAGGGGAAGGCCCUCCGAGGACAUAACGAUGAAGUCGGAUGAAAGGAGCGAAGAUGACUGGGAGGAGAUUAACCGGUCUGAUGAUGGUCGGACGGAGAAAUUAGAUGACGAGCCUGUCGAGGUGGACCGGCCUCCAUCAGUCACUGAUGUUCAGAGUGUCCAGUCGAGUGGAAUCAUCGAUAGCGUCCAGUCUCAGUCCACAGAGAGUCUGAUUGGCAAGGACUGGUAA